AUGAGUUAUGAGAAAGCUUGGAGAUGUAGAGAGAAGGCAGUUAUGUACAAGAGGGGUACUCCAGCAGAAUCUUAUACGAAAUUAUAUGGUUACUUCUACAUGCUGGAACAGAAUAAUCCAGGCACUAUUACUGACAUUGUCAGCGAGGAUAACCGGUUCAAGUACUGUUUCUGGUCACUCGAUGCUUGUAGGAAGGGAUUUAAGUAUUGUCGUCCUGUGAUUAGUAUCGACGGAACAUUCUUGAAGACGAAGUAUGGAGGAACACUGUUAGUUGCUGUUGCGUACGAUGCAAACAACCAAUUGUUUCCGGUAGCCUUUGCAAUUGUUGACAGUGAGAAUCAUGACUCUUGGAAGUAUUUCUUGCGAAAGUUGAAGGAAGCCAUUGGUCCGGUUGAAAAUCUUAUGUUCAUAUCGGAUAGGCAUCAAAGCAUUGAACAUGCUGUUGAUGUUGUUUUCCCAGAAGCAUGCCACUGUGCAUGCUUCAAGCAUAUUACUAUGAAUGUCAAUCACAAGUUUAAGACUGAUGUAUGCAACAAGCAAAUAUGGCUUGCAGCUUACGCAUGGAACAAGACGGAAUGUGAUAGGCAUUUUGAGGUGCUGAAACAGAUGGACCCUGCCAUUGCUACAUACGUCGAGCAAAUAGGGUUUGAAAAGUGGGCUCGUCCUUAUUGUCCAGGCGAUCGGUACAACAUAAUGACAAGCAACGCUGCCGAAAGCUUCAACAAGGUGACAGAAGAAUUCAGAAAAUAUCCAGUAACUAUUUUGGUUGACUUCAUCAGGUUCACACUUCAAAAUUGGUUUGCUUCUCGUCUCGAAAAGGCUAGUAAGUGCGCUACUCCUUUGGCUACUACUUUUGAAAAUGAUUUAAAGGAUCAACACAAAGAUGGUAUGUUCAGGAGUGUCCUUCGUAAUGGUGCCCAAUUGUUCAACGUUGGUACGAGUCCUCAAGGUGAGAGAGGUGGUGAUGUGAACUUAGUGGAGAGAACAUGCACUUGCGGACUUUUCCAAAUGCUGAAAAUCCCUUGUCCACAUGCAUGUGCCGCAGCAGUUAGUCAGAAUGUGAGCGUGUACACACUUUGCUCUCCAUAUUACACUAAAGAAACGUGGAAGAAAACCUACGAUGCCACAAUUAAUAUUGUUGGCGAGGAGGAUGAGUGGGUACUACCGGAACAUAUCAAGAACAUAAGAAUCGGGGUACCAGUGGAGAAAAAACCAGUAGGUCGGCCUAGGAAGAGCAAUGCAGGUAGAAGACCGACGAAGCGUCGACCGUCUAGUGGUCAGGUGGUAGUGGAACCUCGUCAUUGUUCGCUAUGUCACGGUUCAGGGCACAACGAGCUACAUGCAAAGCUCGAGUUUGAACCAUUUCUCCAAUUUUUAAAUGAAUAUGUGUUGUAA